AUGAGUGAAGAAGAACGCAAAUGGCGGGAAGAACGAGAAAAAGUACUCGAUGAAUGGAGUGAGAUUGAAUUGAAGUUUCGCUCUGGCACUCCAAUCCGCAUUGAAAUCACUCAAGGAAGUGUUGAUGAUUGUAUGGAUGACAUUAUCAGCGAUCAGCCCAUUUCCUGGGAUUCCGGCAUACCAGACGAUUCUCUCAUAUCUAGAGUACUCAAUGAUGACUAUCAGUUAGAGAAGGAAAGCUUAACAGGAUUGAAAACAGCAGAUGAAUUUUCAAUGAACAAGCUGAUGCUUCGAUGCAUAUGCAAGCCGUCCUCAUCAGCUUCAUCUUUACAAACAGAACAACUGAAAGAUGAGCGGAUACUCUUGAUAGCAAUGAGCAAAAAAGAGUAUUCUAGUCAGAAUGCUAAUCAUUGGCAGUUGUUGCGAGAGUUUUAUCGUUCAACAGCCAGUCUAGCAUUGGAUGAUCCAUUGCUUGCCAACGAAUGUCCACACAUGGGUAGUCAUUGGCAAAUUGUGGGCUUUCAAGGAACGAACCCAUCAACAGAUUUACGAGGUGUAGGACUUCUAGGAUUAGUUCAAUUAUAUUGCUUGACAAACUUAGUUCAAGAAGAUAAACUAAAAGAAAUGAUCAUGUUGUCUCGGAAUGAACCAAAUGAUUUCCCCUUCGCAGUAGUUGGUAUUAAUUUUACCUCGUUGUUAUUGAAUAAGCUCAAGCGGGACGAAUUGAACAGUCUGGCUAAUCACUUCGGAAGCUUUCUGAAAGCCAUGAACGUGCUCUACCGCGGAUGUUUCAUUAAGUUUUGUAAAUUGUGGAAAAAAGACAAUUGUACAGUUAAAGACUUCCAACACGUGCUGAACGCUAUCUCGGCAAUGUUGAAAAAGGAUGCGAACGCGUUGGUGAAAGCCUGA